AAUCAUAAAAUGGAUUAUGAAUGUUUGUAAUUUUUUUUGUCAACUCCAGUCAAUUUACCAUUUUUUCUUAUCAGAAUCAAAAUAUUAGGAAACUGAAGAUUGUACAUUUGUGUAAAAGGUGAUGGUUUAUUUACUGUAACCCGACGAUAAACCUUCGCAAUGGAAGACGAAGUAGAAGACUGUAUCAGGAAGAAGAUACAGUGGCCUCAGCUCCCUGCAUCAGUAAAAAGGCUACUAGGUGAUUCUCCAAAAGAAUAUGAGAAGUACAUUGUUGAGUUUAGUAUAAGCAAUCAGCUGAGGUUUAGGGGAAGCCUUGUCCGCACUGUCCGGAAAGAUGAGAAGAAGUAUUAUGAGGUCCUCAUACACAACAGCAUACAGAGGCUCAUGUUGUUUCCAUAUCACUUAGCCGAUAUGAUUGUAAAAGGUCUAAGAAUAACCCCCUUUAUUUACUACACGGAAGUGGUGGCCCUGCUCAUUGAACAGGAGAAGAGCUACGACACCAUGCCCAACUUCACUGCUGCAGAUUGCCUAAGACUCUUGGGCAUAGGUCGCAACGAGUACCUGGAGCUAGUAGCCAAGUCCAGGUCUCUCGGCCGCCGCUCCCGCGCCAAGGCCAUCCGGUCCUUGCUGCCUCGCGUGCCCUGCAAUGUGCCGAUACAGCCGUGGUGGCGGAUCGAACUGGGGUUUGUGCUGGAGGAAGAUGUAAAGCCUCUGUAUGAGAGCGAGAAGGCGCUAAUAGACUUGCUAAUCGACCGCGGCUCGCAGACCGCCGGCACCGUCGACUACAACGUCGUUAAGAACCUCUACAGACGAGGCCUAAUCUACCUGGACGUCCCCAUCACGACGGCGGACAAAGUAGCAGUUCCACCUCUGAAGGGGUUCGUGAUGAACCGCGUCGCCGGCGACUACUUCGAGACGCUUCUGUACAAGGUCUUCGUGUCUAUAGACGAGCAUACGACGGUUGCUGAACUGGCUGCUGUGUUGCAGGUGGACAGCGAGCUAGUCCAGCAGGCGGUCUCGCUGUACUGCCGGCUGGGGUUCGCGCGCUCGCUGGCGCCGCCGCCCGUCGCGCCGCCGCACCCCUCCUGGACCCACGCCGUCACCUCGCACACGCACCAACCCUACCGUCAAAUAACCCCGCUGACGUUUGACCCGAGCGCGGAGGAGGACGCGCUGCAGAUGGAGCCCGUGCUCAUCAAGCAGAACCAGCCCAGCUCUUCUAAACAGACUAUAAGCGACCUGGGUGAGAGUUCCGGCGGCGCUGCCGGCACCAAGCGCGUCGCACUGCUGUUCGACUCCACACUGGCUGCUUACUUGAUGAUGGGCAACCUGUCUCCGGAUCUCAAAAUUCACGCGGUGACUCUGUUUGAAGUUGGAAAAUUGUGUGAUGAAAGUCUGGACAGUCUUCUUAUAGAAUUGGAUAAAGUAGCGCAAGACCCAGAGAUCGAGGGCGAGGCGCGCCGCUACCUAGCAGCGGCCCUGUGUCUCCGCUCGGCGCUGCGCGCGCUGCGGCCGCGGCUGCGCCCGCUGGACCUGCUGCGCUGCGAGGCGCUGCACGCGCUGGGCGCCGCCGCCAGGGCCCGGCUGUUGACUACUAAGUAUAGGCUAGCGAUAUCAGUGGCGCCACUGUGCCGCGGCGCGCGCGCGGGCUCGGCGGCCGGCUCGCUCCCGCAUCUCGGGCCUGCCCCCGCCGAGGCCGCCUCGCCGUGGAUGCGGCUCUACUUGUACCAUGUGGCUGGGUAUGGACCGCCUACGCUGCUGUUGUGUAAAGGCACCCAACUCCGAGGCGUCCCGCGCAUCCUACUCGGCUUCUCCCGCCUCCUAGUCAUCUGGUGGGGGGCGGAAGUGGCCCUGGAGACCGCUACAGGCACAUCUAGCGCUUUGCCCGCCGCCGCAGCGCUUUCCGCUGCCAACGCAGCGCUGCAGCGCGGGCCCGUCAUGAUACAGGCUAUAGGGGUUAGGAGUGCGGCGAGCUUGAAGCAUGUCAUGUUUCCGCCUGAUGCUGAUACUGAUCCUGAAUCGCUAGCCCUCUGGUCGCGUCACGGCGGGCUGCGGCGGCUGUCGCGGCGGCUGCGGCUGCAGCGCGCGCCCGGCUACGUGACGCUGGCCGACAUCGGCGUGCCCGACCUGGGCUGCGCGCGCCCGCCCGCACAAGUCACAUUGUGUGAGUGAACUAGCU